CAAACAAGAAAUCAAACAACCAAAAGAAGAGCUAAAGAAGAGAAGAAAAGAAAAAGAGGUCCAAUGGGAGGCAUUGCUUGGACUGAAGAAGAAGAUUACUUGCUCAAGAAAUGCAUCGAGCAAUAUGGUGAAGGGAAAUGGCAUCGUGUUCCUCAAUUGGCUGGUUUGAACAGAUGUCGAAAGAGUUGCAGACUGAGAUGGCUGAAUUAUCUUCGUCCUAAUAUCAAACGAGGAAGUUUUACACCCGAAGAAGUCGAACUCAUUCUCAACCUCCACAAUAUCCUUGGCAACAGGUGGUCGAUCAUAGCAGGGAAAUUACCGGGAAGAACAGCAAACGACAUCAAGAACUAUUGGAAUUGCCAUUUGAGCAAGAAGGUGAAUGGUCAUCAAGGAGGUGAUCAGAAGCCAAAUUCCACAAAGUGGAAGCCUAUUCAAGAAGAAAGCAGCAAAUCAAAAGAAAAAGAAUAUGUUGAGGAUCAAAAUGGAGAAAAGCAAGGAAUAUUGAUACAAAAUCAGAACCAAAACGUACCAAUUGUUGAACAAAGUGGUAGCAUCCGCAUGGAGAAUAUCCAAAUGGACUACCAAUUUGAUCAAGAAGUGGUAGCAAUGGCAGAUGGAGAUGGGUGCAACAAGAGGGAGCUUUGGGAUGAUUGGGUAUCAGAAAUGGAUCUUUGGAUUGAUUCUUUGUGAGAAGGAACAACCAAAACUCAUAUUUGUAGCUAAUAGCUCUUGCAUGCACCAACUCAAGAAUUUGGAUAUUAUAAGUCUUGCCUUUGUGGUAUCAUAUGGUAGCAUCCAUCAACACUUGGAUACUCUAAUUUAGUAGAAGUAUUAUUGAUCAUCAUUCCCAAAAAUAAAACUUGUUUGUGGU